AUGCGCGGAAGGUCCUUAUGUGAAGCUGACCGUACCCGGAUGCGACACCAGAGGUACGCGCGGUCGAUGAGUUCUCAGUGUCGACAGAACAGGACCAGCGCCGACAGAGAGCUCCUCCCACCGGACCAGGGCCGACUCGCCUCUGCUCUCCCAGUAAAAAGAUGUCAGAUGCAGAUCACACAUCCUGUAGGUUCCUUUGUUCUAAAUGAGGAGGCAGCAAUUAUGAAAUGCCCAGUUUCUCAGUAUUUUCCACUGGAUGCUUAUGAGCAACCAUUUCAACUUGUCUGGGCCAUAAAUGGUUCUGAGAAUAUAAAUACAGCCGAUGAAUCUAGAAUUCAAACAGACCAGUAUGCCUUGUGGAUUCUGCCAGCUGUAAUGGAGGACAGCGGUAUCUACACUUGCAUUGUCAGGAAUUCAUCAUUCUGCAUUGAAAUAUCAAUGUCCCUGACAGUUGUGAGUGAGGCGGAUUUGUCUGACAUCGAAUAUGAACAAAUUGCUUUUGAGAACGGCAACUUUCAGAUGAAUUGCCCAGAUAUAAGGGAGUUUGAAAGUAAUUUUGGCGAUAUGAAGCUGAAGUGGUAUAAGAAUGGAGAAGAUCUGGCAGAGGAAAACUCUAGAUUUCAGUAUUUGGAUGGUACAACAUACGCUUUAAUAAAUGAUGUACGUCACGAUGAUGCCGGGUAUUAUAAAUGUCAGUUCGACUUCACUCAUGAGAACACAGACUUCUCAGUUUCCAGGAUUAUACAUUUGCGAACUAUAGGUCAAGAGAGGAGACAACACCCUGUCAUUGUUCAACCAAGUCGUAAGACUAUAGCUGCUGCCAUAGGUUCCAAGCUAGUCAUUCCAUGCAAGGUGUUUACUGGUCCUGAUGAACGCAGUCUUAUGGUGUGGUGGCAGGCAAAUCACUCUUUUAUUGAUGACUACUCUGCAGAUGGUCGUGUGGUAGAAGGUAAAUUGCAAAAGACUAUGGAUGCUGAUGGCCAGUACUUCGAGGUCCCACUCAUCUUUGAACAGAUUGAAGAACAGGAUUUUAGGACAGAUUUUAGGUGCAUAGCCAGAAAUGAUCAUGGUCAUGAAGUCUUGCCAACACAGAUAAGACAAGCAGCCUCCUCUUUUGCCUGGUACUUUGCAGCUGCCCCCGCCUUUGUGGUUUUACUGAUUGUAGCGAUAAUAUUAGUACACAAACACAGGAAAUCUGGAAAUAAGAAAGAUUAUUCUAUGACCAAGUUAUGA